AUGACAAAUAACAAGUUAACCGGCGCGGAUGUCGCCCAGCACAACUCCAAGGACUCUUGCUGGGUCAUUGUACACGGCAAGGCCUAUGAUGUUACCGAGUUUCUGCCAGAACACCCUGGUGGCCAGAAGAUCAUCCUCAAGUACGCCGGUAAAGAUGCGACCGAAGAAUUCGACCCCAUUCACCCUCCAGACACCCUCGACAAGUACCUCGACUCCUCAAAACACCUUGGCGAAGUGGAUAUGGAGACUGUCGAGCAGGAGGAGAAGGUCUACGAUCCCGAAGAGGCCGCCCGCGAAGAGCGCAUUCAGCGCAUGCCCUCUCUGCAGGCAUGCUACAAUCUGCUAGACUUUGAGACAGUCGCCCGCAGCGUGAUGAAGAAGACCGCCUGGGCUUACUACUCUAGCGGUGCGGAUGAUGAAAUCACUAUGCGUGAGAACCAUCAAGCUUUCCAGAAAAUCUGGUUCCGACCACGGAUUCUGGUUGAUGUUGAGAAUGUGGACUUUUCGACGAAGAUGCUGGGCACCAAGUGCUCGAUUCCCUUCUAUGUUACGGCGACUGCUCUUGGAAAGCUCGGCAACCCGGAGGGUGAAGUUGUUCUGACUCGCGCCGCACACGAUCAUGAUGUCAUUCAGAUGAUCCCGACUCUCGCCUCGUGUUCCUUUGAUGAGAUCGUCGAUGCCCGCCGCGGCGAUCAGGUCCAAUGGCUGCAGCUGUACGUGAACAAGGACCGCGCGAUUACCAAGAAGAUCAUCGAGCACGCCGAGGCCCGCGGGUGCAAGGGUCUCUUCAUCACCGUCGACGCGCCCCAACUCGGCCGCCGCGAGAAGGACAUGCGCUCCAAGUUCUCCGACGUUGGCUCCAACGUCCAAGCCUCAGGCGGCGACUCAGUCGACCGCUCCCAAGGCGCCGCCCGCGCCAUCUCCUCGUUCAUCGACCCCUCCCUCUCCUGGAAGGACAUCCCCUGGUUCCAGUCCGUCACCAAGAUGCCCAUCGUCCUCAAGGGCGUGCAGUGCGUCGAGGACGUCCUCCGCGCCGUCGAAGCCGGCGUACAGGGUGUUGUCCUCUCCAACCACGGCGGUCGCCAGCUCGAUACCGCGCCCUCGGGCGUCGAAGUCCUCGCCCAGGUCAUGCCCAUCCUGCGCGAGCGCGGCUGGGAGAACAGAAUCGAGAUCUUCAUUGACGGCGGUGUCCGCCGUGCCACUGAUAUCCUCAAGGCUCUUUGCCUGGGCGCCAAGGGUGUCGGUAUCGGCCGUCCUUUCCUGUAUGCUAUGUCUGCGUACGGCCAGCCCGGUGUGGACCGCGCCAUGCAGCUCCUGAAGGACGAGCUCGAGAUGAACAUGCGCUUGAUCGGUGCGCAGACUGUUGCUGACCUUAAUCCCAGCAUGAUUGACGUGCGUGGGUUGGUCGGUGGGCAUAGUGCUUCUGUGCCGGCGGAUACGCUGAGCUUGGGGGCUUAUGACCCGCUCCAGGCGCCGCGGUUUAGUGAGAAGUCGAAGUUGUAA